AUGAAUAUGUUCCCGAAUAUGAAUCACCCACCUCAGCACGGUCAUCAUGUACCUUGUGGACCAUUCGUUCAUCCCGGCGUGUAUCCGCAAACCAGUCAACAACAACCAGUAAAUGGGACAGAUAUGAAAUCGCUGCAAGUACAGUUGCAAAGGGAACGAGCCUUACGUGAAAAUGCAGAACGUGAGCUGCACCAAUUAAAAGUGCGUUUCUCUUGA